AAAUGCCAAUUUUGUAAAUUUUAAUUUUCCUUCCCGCCGGCUCUUGACGGUUUGCUUUUGGCACGUGCAAUUCUUAUUCAGUUUUAAUAAAAUACGUAUUUGCAAAUCAUAAUACAGUUUUUUUACUGAUGCUGACUAUUGGGAAAUAUCAUUUAGAUAUUUAGUUGUUGUGUACAAUGUCGCCGUCUCCAAUCCGUUGUCGCGGGCCUUGGAAAAUACAUAAACGUUGUUCGGAACCGGAUAGGUGGCUGGACGAAAUGGGUUUCUUUAGAAAACAUGCGGCCAGAGACGCGAGUUGCCUCUUCAGGGCAGUAUCCGAGAAUGUUUACAACACUCAAAGGUACUUCCACCGAGUACGCCUGGAAACUGUCCAAUACAUGGCCUCUAAAAGGCAACUUUUUGAAGGGUCAUUGACUUGUCCAAUUGAGAACUAUAUUAAAGAGAUGUCUAAUCCAUCUGAAUGGGGUGGUAUGAUAGAAAUAUCUGCUAUGAGUCACUUGUAUAGACGUGACUUUGUUAUUUUCGAAGCUAACAAGGGUCCACAAACCAAAAUAAGCAAUGGUUAUGGGGACCCAAUUCACUUGUUUUACUGCCUUGAAACAAAGCACUUUGAUGUGGUUUACACUAAAGAGUUUAUUAAUGCAUCAUCAUUUUGUCAAUCUUUGGUAUAUGAAAUUCUUUAUGAUGGAGUAUACCAGUUGAAAGAUUUGCCUUACGCUGUGGACAAAAUGUUGCAUGAUAAAGUGCCGACAAAUCAUAUAGAAUAUUUUAUGUCUGAAAAUGUUGAACGUCGCAAGAAACAGAAAGAGAGAGCAAAGAUCUUCAUAGAAACUACCAAUGAUGGUGAUAAGGACAGGAACAAUAAUGCCGUAGCCUUAAAAUGCAAGCACCAUAUGGAAGAUUUGGAGCGGGCGAGUCUUUUGAAGGAAUCUCUAAGCAUUUUCGUAUUCAACCGUAGUCUCAUACAACUAGAGAAUGUUUGUAUGAACUGUUUGAAUGUCAACAGCGCUAAAGACUUGAUUGACAACGGGAUUACUCCAUUCCCGUAUAAAGUAGCUAAAGCUUUAGAUCCGGAUAUAUAUAGAAACAUAGAGUUUGAUGUUUGGAGUGAAAUAAGACGAGAAUUACGUUAUGGAGCUAGAUACUCUGAUGGCACGACACUGCAAGUCGGAGUGAAAUGUCUAUGUAAGCUCCAAUCGGAACAGUCGGUGCCGUACCACUGUCAUAUUCAGGAGAUGCGUCCGGAUGGUGGGCCGUGCUUGGUUUUUAUCGAGGAGCUGGGCGAGAAGAGAACUGUGAACUUUGAGCAAUUGGAGCCAUUGCCUCUUGAUGAGAUCAGGCCCUGGGCGCCUCCGUACCGCUACUCCCGCUCAAACUCUCAGCUGUUGUCUCUAAGCCAGAUGUUGCAGCAACUAGGUGAUUGCAACGUCACUCGGAAGCAUAGUCUUAAAACUCGUAAGCCCAAGAUCGGUACUGAAGAUGGGAAAAUCGAGAAGAUUAGUCCAAAAAAUACGCCCAAAUUGAUUUGGAAGGAUGAAAAAUGUCCGGAGGAGACACAACUGGCACAAUAUGUGACCUCUGACAUUGAUUUCUCGACUUAUCAGCAUUUGGACUAUCUUAACUUUGAACCUGUGCCUAUUGAAGUUCAGGCACUUCCCCUAAUGGUGGACUGUCGGCAAGCGGGCGCUGCGCCCCACGACCUACCGCAUUCGGCCUCCAACGGCGCCCCGCAAGAGAACCACCAUAAUCAGACUACUGCACCUGCUGAAAUGCCGACCCACGCGAUUCCCGCGCCGGCUGUAGCUCGCGCUUCGACGCCGGCUACAACCGCUAAUUCACAUAAUACCAACUCGCUAACCACUUAUGCUGCAAUGAACCCCCCCAACAACGGCGCGCCCCCCCCCGCCGUGUACGCGGGCGCGGCGCAGUACGCGUGCGGCGUGAAGUCCGUGUUCUGGUGCGCGCCCGGCGCCGCGCCCUCGCCGCCGCCGCACGUGCUGCCCGCCGUGCCGCAUGCCGGUCCGCCCCCGCCGCUGCCGCCGGGCCCGCACGGGCCGCACGGCGCGCCGCCCGGCCCCAACGUCAACCUGCACGUGCACAAGAGCGUGCACGCUAACGGGGCCGACCUGCCCAUGCACGAUAUACCAACGCUCCGCUACUAUUUCAACCUGGGUUUGGAGUGUAUGUGGGCCUCGUACGGACCCCCGCCCCCCAUGGCCCCCCCUCGCCAUUACACGCAUAGGGAUCUGAUUCAGGAAAUGCAACAGAUCACAAUAAACGACCGUCCCGCCGUGAACCACAACAACGAGAACCACAAACACAAGUCGAACGACAAGCAGAUGAACCAGAACAAGGGGAACCCGCAGCGACCCCUGUUGGGACCCAGGUUCAAGCGUGGCGGGAACAACCAAGAUGGCGGGCAGAACAACAACCACAACCACAACCAGAACAAGGGCCACAACAACAACAUUCCCAACAAGGGGCCUAACAAUCGUUUCCGCGCCCCCAGCCGCAGCUCGCACGCGGGCGCGGCGGCGGGCUGGGCGGAGGAGCCGGCGGAGCCCGCGCUGCCGUUCGCGCCGUACCCGCCGCCGCUGUACCCGCUGCCCGCCGUGCCCGCGCUGCCCUACUACCCCGUCGACGAGGCCGCCAUGAUGGGCAUGAUGGGCGGCAUGAGCUACGUGGGCUACGAGGACGGCAUGGAGUACGGCGCCCCGCUGCAGUACUACGCGCCGCCGCCGCACUACGCGCCGCCGCCGCACCUCCCCCACCACGAACACAAGUGAGGGGGGAGAGGGGGGGGGGGAGAGAACGGAUGGGAUAUGCUUUGAGUGAGUGCACUGCUCGCAAAUUGUUUGGAUUCGAGACGUUGUGUUUUAAGGAGUGCGUAGAGGAAAUUUGUGUUAAUUUUUUUCAGUUUUUUAGGUUUUUUUUUUCAAGUUUUCAAAAAUCUCUUUUUUUUCCAGUUUUUAUUUUUUUUUAGUUUUUUUUUUUCAAGUUUUCAAAAAUUCUCCCAACGCUCAUAGUUGUCUAUGAACACGUCUUAAUAAUCAGUAGUUCGCAAUAGUUAAAUGCACAUUAUGAAAAGAGUUUUGUAAGAAAAAUAACAUGACGUUUGUUAUCCCGCUAGCAAAUUGUCUCAUUGUUUAUUUUCUUUGCCGCUUUAUGUGCAGCGGACGACACAGAGAAGUAUAUACUACCUUCUUACGAUAGUUAUAGUUUUUUUCGUGGUCAAUUGUACAUUAAAUGAUAAAAAAUAAUAAUCGAUAAAGUUCACAAUAAAAUAAAAAAGAAACAAUAACAACCUUAGUAACUGAUUAAUUAAAUACAAUUUCCUCUGCGACUUUGAAAAUGCGCGUCUCAAGUGCGGUUAGAAAUGGGUGAUUUGUAAAUCGGUGUUCAAUUCGUUUCCUCGCUGAAAAGUAAAUAAUCAUUUUCACACGUCAUUUGCUAAACAUAUCUUGAAGAAUGUCAUCAAUUAAAUUUUGCAAGUUUUUAAUUUUGAUUGAAAUAAUAAUAACAGCGUCAGAUUUAUAUUUAAAAAAAAAACCAGUGGUGCUCAAAUUUUAGUGCCAUGUUUAAAUAUUGUUAUUUAAUUUUGUUUUAUUUAAGUAAUCUUAACUGUUGAUAAAAAUAAUAUUUUAGCCGCCGAUGUCGAUGAUGAAUUGAGAAGCAUAAUUUGGCGACCUCUGUUGCACAGCGGUGCUUGUGCUGUGGCACGCAGAUCCCGGGUUCGAAUCCCGGCCAGGGCAUGAUGAGAAACGAACUUUUUCUAAUUGGCCUGGGUCUUGGAUGUUUAUCUACAUAUAAAAGUAUUUAUAAUUAUUAAAUAAUAUAUAGCGUCGUUGAGUUAUUAAUUUGUUUGUAAUUGUUGUUUCGUUUUUUUUUUCAAGUAAAUAUAUUUUUUUUUUAAAUAAUAUUGAAGCAUUUAAACCCACCAAUAUAAACUUAAAAAAUAUGCUGUUUAUAGACAAGUGGGAAGCAUAUUUUUUUGUUAUUUUUUCUUGUUUUUGUUAGUGUUAUUUUAAUACAGUUUUCAUUGAAAUGUAAAAUAAAAUACUGUAACACCAUUACAAGUCACGUCUAUUCCUAACUGCUAAGACAGAGCCCGCACAAGGCUAUAUGUUGUCUCACUCAAUGCAUAUCGCUUACUCCACACCACGACGUCCACUGAAUAAUUAUUUUUACGAAAAAAAAUUUAUCUAAAAAUAUUCCAACGUAGCUAAGGUAUAGUUUUAUUCCCAUUUCGAGUCAAUUAUUUGUAAAACAGGUGUAGUUUUUAAGUUGGAAACAUUAGUUUUAGGCGUCGAUUGUAAUGUUAAGUGAAAGAUUCCAACAUUCAGUGGUUUAGUCGUGCGUGUCCAAGCUGCGAAUAAAAAAAGAAGAAAAAAAUGUAUGGCAACACUGUUGCCAUGUAAAAAAAAAAAAUUCUUUGAGUGUAUUUUUCGAAACGUUGAUAAGACUAUGUACUUAUUGCAUUCUUUUAAUGGUUCCUUUGACAGUAAUUUGAGAAAAAAAAAAAAAAGUAUGGCAACUUGGUUGCCAUGUAAAAAAAAAAUUUAUAUUUGAGUGUAUUUUCCGAAACGUUGAUUGUAUACUUUUAAUUGUUCUUUUGACAGUAAUUUGAAUAGAUUGAAUAUUAUUGCAAUAUUAUGUCACUUACCUUAUGAAGUCAAUUCAAAAUUGCGUAAUUUUAUAUCUCCAGCAUUCUUCAAUUCAGAAAUUUCUUUCUUCUUUCUUCAGACAAAAACGAGUGUUUGGGAAAAUAUACUUAAACUAAAAAAAAAGGAAUAAAAAUGAAAAAAAAAAAAAUAUUAAUUCUCGGCCGAAUAACAAAGUGCCUGAAUGUUCCUAGCCGGCACUGAACUUUGACUAUAAGGAACAACGACCCGCUCAACGAAUAAGGGAUAAUGAUUAAGCGCCGAUUGGAUUUUUUUGUAUGGGACUGAGGCGACUGUGUAUUGGCUAUCAAUUAUUAUUAAAAAAGUUUUUCUCAAUUUUGAUAACUUAAAGUUCAUAAUGGCAUGACUUAGAUAAUUCAGCUGCGUACGCGCAGCUCCUUACUUUAAAAUGAAAAUAAUACUGGCACUUUUUCCAGUCAGAACUAUUUUUGACCUUUUUCAGUCAAAAGUGGUUGUUAACUAUUUGUCUAUACAAAUAAUAAAAUUGAAGUGAAUUUUAAAAAUAUUUGUAAGCUUAAAAAACAUUUGAUUUUAUUGGUAGCUAAUAUAUGAAGUCGUCAUAACUGUGCUGCGUGUGGUAACAAUAUCUUUGUCAAUUAUUCAGAAAAGGUAUUCCCUUCAUUUUGAAUUUUCAAUGUCUCAAAUAUUUCUGUGUUAGUCUUUCGCCACACGCAGUGCGAAAGCUAUUUUUUUCGUAAGCAAAUGUCGGAAUAUGUGAUAAUUUUAUUUUAGUAGGGAGUUAUACAGAGCGGAUAAUACCACUGUUCGUUAAUAUUAUUUUAAUUUUUUUUAAUAGCGGUUGCGUAAUUUAUUUUCAAUCCAGAUAUGAUGAGGAUGGACGACAUUUUGAAAAAUCUUAUUUAUAUCAUGAUACACUGUGUCUAUAUUAAUAUUUAAAUUAAAUCCGUUCGCAUAAAUUGGACGUUAAGUGUUUAUAUUGGAAAUUUAUUAUUUAACUACAAAACAUUUGUGCACUACAAGUGUAAAUGGUAUUAUCCGCUCUGUAUAUUUCAAAAGGAAAGGCAAAAGGAACGCGGCAUAUAAAUUGAAAAAAAUGGGUGCUACAACAUUCAUACCCUAAGAUCAACUCACCAAUCACCUAUUCCGAUAUAUGUUUAACGAUAUAUAUUAUAUGUAAAAGAAGACAUGCCGCGGGCCAUGUUCGAAUUGUUGUAAAUUGGCCUGUAUUGUACUUAAAUAAAAAAAAAGAAGUAAUUAGUGUGGACUAGGCUAGGUUACGGUCGGGCUGUGACAUUCCCGCACCUUAGUUUCGUUGCUCGUUCGAAUUUGUAAUCUGAAAUGGUCAUUAUGUGGCUAUUUAUUUGAUAAAUCCAAAAAUUAAUAUUACAUUUGUCACGAGUAUAUUUAUUUAGAAGAAAAUUAUAAAUGAUGGCCUUAUAGUAUACAAAUAGUAUACAGGCUUUAAUUUUUUUUUAAUUUCAUAUCGUGAGUCAUGAUUUCCGUACCAUGCAUACAUACAUAAAACACGCCUCUUUCCCAAAGGGGUAGGCAGAGACCACGUCCUUCCACUUCCACGAUCCCUGCACACUACUUUCGCUUCAUCCACAUUCUUACUCUUCAUGCUUGGUCGUCGGUUUCGGGUACUCUUGACCAGACUUUUGCUAGAACGUCUUGCUUAGUCAACCUGCUUUCAUUCAUCCUCUCGACAUGACCAAACCAUCUAAGCAUUCUCUUUUCUAUCCCUGUCACUAUAUCUUCUUUCACAUUCCCUUAUCACGCUGUUCCUUAUCCUGUCACUCAAUUUUACACCUAUCAUACUCCUGAGCGCUCUCAUUUCCACCGCGUUUGUUCUACUUGCUUUUUCUGCCACACCCAACUUUCACUACCAUACAUUAGUGUUGGAACCAAUACGCCCCUACUGCCAAGCGAACCUUUUUGGACAACUUCUGACUGCUCAUAAAGGCAUGCAAUGCUCCAUUCACUAUGUUCCCGGCAUUCACUCUUGCAAUAUCACUAUCACACUUUCCAUCUGCUGAAAACAUAUUUUUUUGUUUUUUUCCGUACCAUACCGAAACAAAUGGAUCAGAUUACAAAAUCGAAUGAAAAACGCCAAAUCGAGUUCGGAGCGAUGGCUCUGUAAUCGAUUGCGACUGACAAACUGUGCCCCAAGAUUUACAGCGAUUAAAAAAUAAAUCUUUUAAUAUUUUUUCCAAAAAAAAAACGAUCUUUUUAAUUCCUAAGUGUUCAUUGGUGCUGCGAAAUUGUCGAAGGUGACAGGGUUUUCCAAAUAUUUUUGUAUGGAUCGAGUUUAUACAACCAUUUUGGUAGAAGUAGGGACGUAUCAUUCCUUAGGUGUUUAAGCCAAUAACAUAGGUGAAGUAAAUUGUUAGUUUCGUUUCUAUAAGUUUCUGCUUUUAUGGAUGCAACACUUCUUUCUUUUUAUUAUCCUUAUGAUUUGUCGAUUUUGAUGGGGUCUAAGGAAAAGGUAAUCUUAGUUACAAUACUUUAGCCAACACAUUCCAUUCUAAACUUUUCGUUUAAUUGUAACCAUGAAAUGAUAUAACGCCAUAAAAGGGAAACUGUAAUGUUGCUUUUAAAUUUUGUAAAUAUCUUUUUGACGUCAUUUUAAUGGUUAUAAUUAAAUUAAUGUUCCAAGGAAUUCACUUAUAAUUUAAAUUCAUAUAAAAAUCGAAAGUAGAAGACUGACAAUUUUUUUUUUUACAUUAUCCGAGCCAAUUAGCAAAUACGAACAAUUUCUUGAUUCGUUCUGAUUGGCUGGAUUAUGUGACGUCAGAUUGUGUGACUGUUACAUUCGAUAGAGGACAUAUUUAAUUUAAUUUUCCAUGAAAUAAACAUAAAAUGAAGUGUUGCAUCGUAAAAACAUAAUUUCGGCUUACUUUAGUUUAGUUAGCGUAAGUCCGUACGAACCUUUGUUCCGUUAAGGCUCACAUGUAGGUUUACGUUAGAUCUCAAGUAUAAUUCAUUUUAGAAUCUCCCAUUAACUCGAGUAAUCUUAGACACCUCUGUUAUUUCAAGUUUUUAUAUUUGAUUGAACUACAUCAUAUAAAAAUAUCGAUUUUUCGGUAUAAUAAAAGACAACUAUCACACUAACAACUCUUAAUGUUUUUUCAUUUGACAAAAUUUCAUCGAAAUUCAACGCUGAACUCGGUUGUAUGAAAACUUGAGUGUACAGGGGGGUCUUCGCAAAAUUAGAGGGUCCUACAAUGAUCUCAUUCAUUCGAUAACUUGGUGCUUGGGUAGUCAUAGAGAUACGAUAUUUUGAGUGGAUGUAGUCGUGAUUCAACAGCGAUUUUCACAAGGUAAACCUAGUCUAUGCAUUUACUACGAUAAGUACCGAAUCAUUCGCAUAACUGGAGCUAACAACUGAGGGAUGUUUAAUGUGUAUAUUAAACUAGUUCAUAUUAUAAGAGUAUUAAUGUCAAUUUUUGGUUGUCAACUCGCGGCCGUAUUUGCCGCACGUAUUUACUCAAUAUUUUGAAUGUUCUAAACGUAAAUGCCGCUCGCAAGAAACCCGCCCAAAGGAAUGUAUUUUUGGAAAGUUUAAAAAAAAAUGUUUGGCUGUGAUUCGUAUAUGUACUGAGCUUGAGAAAGCGGGCAAAAUAUCUUGUAUCGGCACUCUUUAAUGUUUUGGACAUAUAUCUUACAUGGUAGAAUUAAAUGUAACAAUAUUUUGUGGAGUUUAAAAAGGUAUCCUUAUAUUCCGACUGCUGCGGCCGGACAUCGACUUUGAACUAUCAAUCCGCCCAUAAUUUUUGAUCCCUAUACUUUAUUCCUCCUAUAUAUUGACAUAUUUAGUAUAUAUUUAACGUAACAACUACGUAACGUAAAUCUGAUUGUUUGUACAGAGCGUUGUUUAAAAUAUUAAAAGAAAAAAAAAGAUGAAAAAAAAAUGAGUGUACUCUUUCUAUAGGUAUAUGUGUGAUGUUUCAAUGUAAAGUCAUUUUUGAUGUUUCAGUAUUAGUUUUAAAAUCACUAGGAGUAGACUUUAUGUUUAUAGUCGUUAAUUAAUGUUUACUUAACCAUAGAUAUAGAGUUUAUUUUUAAGAAUACCGUCGGUUACUUAAUCUCUGGUCAGAUGCGACAUUUUGUUUCCUAUUAGUUAUGUACCGUGUGCCAAUUUAUGGAAUUGUUUUGAUCACCAAAUUGGCAGUAAUCAUUAGGCCAAUGUAUGUACUAAAACCCCCGCCAAAGAACAAAAUUGUUGUUGUCAUAUCAGUUUAAACAAUUAACAAAUACAAUAAUUGUGUUGUGAAUAUAUAUACUAUAUGGAUAGAUGUAUUACUUACGGUUGUAAAGUGCUCAAUGUUAGCGUUACGUCCGCCUUUGAGAUGUUAUUGUAUUAUUUUUUCCAAAUUCCAUCAAAUUAAAGUCAACUGAUUUUUCA